UCCGCUCGGGCCGUAGGAGAAGCAGAGGCUGCGCUAGAGGGGCAGAGAGCAGAGCUGCCUUGGGCCAGGCCCCCCACUUCCCUCCUCCCCGCACCCCAGUAGGGGGUGGAAGUGGCAGCUCAAAGGGGAUGCUGUAGGGAGGCGAAACGCACCGAGAGAGGGCGAGAGAAACAAUUCCAGCACGGCCAGCACCUUGGGCUCCAGCCACCGAGGCGUCAAACCUGCCACAACAGGAUGGAGGGGCCCUGGGCACUGAGCUUCCUACUGCUGGCCUGCCUGCUGCUGCCCGACUCCACGCUGAGCCAGCCCAGCCACCCCGAGGAGGAGCAGGGAGAGGCCACGCGGGCACCGUCCCACCGCCACGCUGCCAGGGCCGAACGGGACCACGAGAAAUAUCAUCGCAACCUGGACAAGCAGCCUCCCCGCUCCCAGUGCGUGCGCUGCUGCAACCCCCCCACGCACUCCUCUGCCUACCCCAUGUACCAGCCCCUGCCCCACAUCAACAUCACCAUCCUGAAAGGUGAGAAAGGAGACAGGGGCGAGCGAGGCCUGCAGGGAAAGUUUGGCAAAGCCGGAUCGGCAGGCAGCAGGGGCCACACGGGGCCCAAGGGCCAGAAGGGGAGCAUCGGGGCCACGGGGGAGGCAUGCAAAAGUCACUACGCUGCGUUCUCCGUGGGCCGCAAGAAGCCUCUGCACAGCAACGACUACUACCAGACGCUGCUCUUCGACACCGAGUUUGUCAACCUCUACGACCACUUCAACAUGUUCACGGGCAAGUUCUACUGCUACGUGCCCGGCAUCUACUACUUUGCGCUCAACGUGCACACCUGGAACCAGAAGGAGACCUACCUGCACAUGGUGAAGAACGGGGUCGAGGUGGUGAUCCUCUAUGCCCAGCAGAGCGACCGGAGCAUCAUGCAGAGCCAGAGCGUCAUGCUGGAGCUGCAGGAGCAGGACGAGGUCUGGGUGCGUCUCUUCAAGGGCGAGCGGGAGAACGCCGUCUUCAGCGACGAGUACGACACCUACGUCACCUUCAGCGGCUACCUGAUCAAGCACAGCGGGGAGCUGGCCAGCUCACACUGUGUGAGCCCCAGGCCCCCUAGUCUCUGCAGGGGUGACUUGAUUCUCUUUUUCAGUUUCCUGCCUGCCAUGGGGAGCCAAGGAAGCACCAUUCUCCACAAGACAGUCAGCUAUGCCCCCCACGCCCUGCCAGCAAGGCAGUUUGAUCAGAACACCACGGAGCCGAUCAGCUUCUACCUGUCCAGCCUGGAGGAGCUGCUGGCAUGGAAACCCACCAGUGACGAUGACUUCAACGUUGCCACGAUGCCACUGGCUAACCGGGAGCCUCCGCUCCACAGCAAGAGACCCCGCACGCUGGUGUGCCACGACAUGAAUUAUGGAUACCUGGAGGACAGGUUCAUCCAGGGCUCGGCUUCACGGGACCCCUACGUGUUCUACCACUGGCAGUACAUCGACAUCUUUGUCUACUUCAGCCACCACCCCGUGACCAUCCCCCCCGUCACCUGGACCAACGCCGCCCACAGGAACGGCGUCUCUGUGCUGGGGACGUUCAUCACGGAGCAGACGAGCGGGGUCCAGCUGUGUGAGGCCUUCCUCGCCGGGGAGGCAGCCGCGUACCACGCCGUGGCUGUGCAGCUGGGCCGCAUUGCCCAUUUCUACCGCUUUGACGGCUGGCUGGUCAACAUCGAGAACACCCUGAGCGAGGCAGCCGCACGGAACCUGCCCCUCUUCCUGCGGGACCUGCGGGAGCAGCUGCAUCGGGACGUGCCCGGCGGACUGGUGAUCUGGUACGACAGCGUCUUGCCGAGCGGGAAGCUGCAGUGGCAGAACGAGCUGAAUGAGAAGAACAGGGUGUUUUUUGACGCCUGCGAUGGCUUCUUCACGAACUACAACUGGAAGGAGGAGCACCUGGAGCGCAUGGGGGCGCAGGCCGGGGAGCGCCUGGCUGACGUCUACGUGGGCAUCGACGUCUUUGCUCGCGGGGAGGUCGUAGGCGGCGGCUUUGAGACAGACAAGGCUCUGCGCCUGAUUCGCAAGCACGGCUUUUCCGCUGCCAUCUUCGCCCCCGGCUGGGUCUAUGAGCACCUGGGGAAGGAGAACUUCCUGCAGAACGAGAACAAGUUCUGGGGUUUGCUGGCGGAGCUGCUGCCCACUCACAGCAUCAGCACUCUGCCCUUCAGCACCUGCUUCUGCCUGGGCAUGGGCACGGGGAGAUUCUCGGCUGGGCAGGAGGAAGAAGUCAGGCCCUGGUACAACCUGAGUGCCCAGGAGAUCCAGCCCCUCUUCACAGAGCAGCAAGCGCCGGGAGGGGCAGGGAGCUGGCUGUGCACGCGCUGCUCCCUGCAGGACGCCUGGAACGGGGGCAGCUCCCUGCUGAUCGAGGGGAUCAUCCCGCCUGAGGCGGGCCACGUGGCUGUCCGCUGCCAGCUCCCCCCAAGCUCUUCCUGUCCCUGCUGUACAAACUGGAGGAGAAGCUGCCCGAGGUGGCGGUCGCGCUGGAACUCACCACAUGGGACUCUGGCUCCUGCCGUGUUGGCAACAAAGCUGCCCUGCCGGGGCCGGCCACCCGACAUCAGCCCCAGCCCCUCCCCACCCCGCCCCCCCAGCUCUCUGGGCUGCUCGGCGGCUGUGGACGGCAGAGCGCGGCAGGUUGGACGAGGCGGUGAGUGUCCCCAGCCAGGGAGCCGUCCUGCCUCAGGCCUGGUCUCUCCAGCGGCCCUGCCAGUUCUCCCCUCUCUGCCCUCGCCCAGGUGCUACGAACUGGAGCUGCGGGACUGCGCCCUGCACGAGCUGUCACUGAUCCUGUCACGCCACCAGCCAGGCCAGCAAGAACGGCGCUUCUCCUGCCGCCUUGGGGAGAUCCGGGUGCUGGAUGCUGACGGCCUGCGCUCCUCGCUGCCCCAAGGGCCCAGCCUCCAGGCCUCCCAGCUGCUGUGGCACAAGGGCCCUGGCCCGGACCAGCUCUCCCUCAGCCUCACCUUGCGCUGGUCCUACCCCCACAGCCAAGCCCGCUGCUUCCGGAUCCACUGCCAGGGCCGGGCAGGCCCUCGGGGCCGGGAGCUGCCCCAGCUCCUCGGGGUGGCACACGCCACCCUCUACCGGGUGGUGGGCUUGGCAGUGCCAGAGGUGCCCCCCACGGAGUCCUGCCGCGUGGAGUUCUUCGUGGAGCCGGUUCUGAACGAAGGGGUUGCCGUGGAUCGGUCCAGGUGGGGGCGGCUGGUUCUGGUCUAUUCCGACCCAGCCAACACCAGCACCUAUUAAAUGUCGCCUUUGGCACAGUGCCAGGGAUCUCGGCCUUCGAGCUGGGCAUUCUUGGGGGAGCGCAGGGCUGGAUGGAGGGGCUGCGGCAGAGCUGGGGGGUGCUCUGGACAAUAGUAGAGAUCGUGGGUAGCCCCGACCAGGCCAGGACCCUGGCUCCUCUCCAAUGGCUCCUGGCCAGUCGCUGGCGCCUUCUGCCCCGCACAGCCUGGGGCGAGCCACGGGGGGGCAGCAGAGUCCCACGCUGGCAGGCAAGAGCCGCUGGGGACCGGGGAGCUGGAGCUGCUGUGCAGCGGGGUGAGGGCCAUGGGCAGGGUCGGGCUGGAGCCGGGCACUGUCCUGCACCGCUGCACUCACCUCCUGCUCCGUUAACACUGCAGGGAUCCCCCCAUGGCCUGGCCCGGCCCUGUGCUGCAGCCUGCGGCUUUUGACACCAGGCCUGGGGCUCUCGCUGCGCGGUGGCAAGCGGGUGCUUGUCCCACUCUGCCUGCGUGGG